CGCGAUUUUAUUUUAUUCAACAGAGUGACUAACGCCGGAGAACUCGAGGUUUCGUAUACAGUCAAUUUAUUCCGGUGAAAAGCUCCGGAGCUUUUUGAAAUUUCGCGCUCAAGUGAAUUUGUUUAUAUGGACUUUGUUUUUUUUUUUAGGAAUAGAAGUUUACUAUAGAAAUUAAUGGUAACAAUGGAACCGAACGAUGGUUACAUCUACACACCGUCCUACGUGCAAAUAGACAAAAGGAUGUCGCACUUAUCGAUAUCGACGAAAAACAGCGAUAAUACGGCUACGUCUGGGGAUUUUCCCAUCGACAGGCUUCUGCAAAAGUACGAUUCUUAUCAGGAUUUUUUGUGCAGGAAUCAGCUGAGAAGAAGACUGUCAUCUACAGGUGAAAAUAGUGGAGAUUCGAGUACAACAGCUUCAGGAAGCAGCUACGAAGAUGGCAGCGACGGUAGAGCCGAUAGUGAAGCUUCUUCGGACAUGCAAGAGCGUAAAACUCCUUUGGAAGGCCACAUUACCGACAUGGAACGGCAAAAAGUCGAAACUUUUUUUAAAGGCCUCAAGACACAGGUAUUUGUAAGUAAUUCCUUGGCAAACUUGUACAUAAAAGGACAAAACGACGACGACUGGCAACUUAAAUACACCGGCAUUCCGGUGGUGAUUCUGGAUUGUGGCGAAUCCAGAGCGAGAGAUAAACGUCGAAUUCAAAUUGCAUUGGCGGAGCGAGGCACCUGCUUCAUGCUGUGGUCGGACACAAUAGACAAUUUAUCUUCGUAUAAAGUAGACGGAGCAUCGUUUCACACAAUGCUAUACUCCUGCGACCACACAAUGCGAGUCGGUUUCAGUUUCGAUACGAAACCGGCUGCCGAGGAUAUGUGGAGUCACAUUGAAAAGUUGGUCGCUUGUCCUGAGAAUAUUUCGUUGAGUUUGCCAGGUAAAAAGAAGAAGAAGAAGGAGAAAAAAGAAAAACCUCAACCCCUACCGUCAAAAAGCCAUAUUUCGCAACCUUGCUGCUUCCAGCACAUAACAUCGGUGGACAAGGAAGACACCGAAAGAUACUAUUCUCUCAAGGAACUCUUGCCGAGAUCUCCUGGCGUACUGAAUCCGAGAAUACAUCAACUUGACAAUUCGUAAAUUUUGUCAACCCAUAAUUUUGUACAUAUACUUAAGUAUAUUGACUGAAUGAGUGCUUAAUAUUCAAAUUAUUAUUAUUAUUAUUGUUUGUAGGUGUUUAGUUUUAAUUAUUAUUCACUUGUACGCUUUUAAUGUUAUGUUAUGUGCUAAUAAUAAUAUAAUUUGUCAAAAACAAACAUGUUUUGCUUUUGAUCUGUGAUAAUUUUUAAUUUAGUUAAGGUCUGCUUUUCAAUCUAUAAUUAUUUAAUUGUCAUUUUAUAAUUUACUUAAUGUAUGCAAAACGGUUUCUGUUUGCGAAAAUCCUAUUUUGGAAAUCUUCUCUAAGUACAUACAUAGAAUAAUAAGACCCAUAAAGUAGUUAAGUGUAGUGUAAUAAUUGUACAUUUUAUACUAUUCCAAUAAAAAUUAUAAUGAAAGUGUU